AUGUUGGAAAAAUUAAGUUUAGGCUUAAAAAUAGACACUGUUUCUUAUGGAAAGGCGCUAAAGAAACAGUACCCCGGCUUGCCAAUAUGUAAAUACGUCUUUGUUCUCGAAGAUUACAAGCGAAGUGACGAUGAUGACGGUAACAAUUUUACUAUACGUUUGUGUGACGUCGUCGUUAAGACAGAUUUAGCAUUAUUGUUGCAACGCACGUGCAUUAUACCGCCUUUUGAAUAUUUGUACCAAUUGCCUAGGAAAAUUAUUGACCCGUAA